CAUUUCAAUUUGAAUCGAAGAUAAUUAGGUAGAUAUCCGAGUGCAUGAUGUGGUAACUGGUAAUCAGACGUCCGGUCGACCAGUCGCUGCGGGGGCCCCACAGACCGAUUUCCCGAUCUGUCGAACGACUGAGCCAGAGUCAGUCACGGCUCGCAUCGCUGGGUCGUGAGGCAACUGGACUGCAUACCUGGAACGACGAAAGCAACUCAACGGCAAAGAUUCAGGAUGGCGUCCGGUGACUCUGCUCAGACCGGCGCGGCAGUGCGACUCUCCGGCACCGAACUCUCAAAGGAGGUUCGUGCCGGUCUAGUAACGGAGGUGCAGGAGCUGCAGAACAAGUACCCCGGCUUCGUGCCCGGCCUGGCCAUCCUGCAGGUGGGAGGCCGGGAGGACUCCAACGUCUACAUCCGGGCCAAGGUGAAGGCGGCGAGUGACAUCGGCAUCAACGCGCGGCACAUUCAGCUGCCGAGAUCCACCACGCAGAUGCAGCUGCUGCAGGCGAUCCACGGCCUGAACCAGGACCCCAGCGUGCACGGUAUGAUCGUCCAGCUGCCCCUGGACUCGGACACUGCCAUCAGCGAGGACCGAGUGAUCGAGGCCAUCGACCCCGACAAGGACGUGGACGGCCUUCACCCAGUGAACGCCGGCUGUCUGUCCCACGGCCAGAUGCGGUACGGACACCUGCCCUGCACACCGUGGGGCUGUAUCCAACUCAUCAGAAAGGCCGGUGUGGAGAUCCAGGGCGCCGAGGCCGUAGUGCUCGGCCGCAGCAAGAUCGUCGGCUCGCCAAUGGCAGAGCUGCUCAAAUGGCACCACGCCACCGUGUCAACCUGCCACUCGCGCACCAAAAACAUUCAGGAACAUGUGCUGCGUGCCGAUAUCCUGGUGGUGGGAAUCGGCAAGCCGCACUUUGUCAAAGGCGACUGGAUCAAGCCUGGAGCCGUGGUGAUCGACUGCGGCAUCAACGCCAUCCCAGAUGAGACCAAGAAGUCUGGCCACCGUCUGCUGGGUGAUGUGGAUACUGCCGAGGCGGCCAAACGGGCCUCCUUCAUCACACCCGUGCCGGGUGGCGUCGGACCGAUGACGGUGGCGAUGCUGAUGCAGAACACGGUGCGCGCGGCGGCGCUGGCCGUGGAGCGGGAGCACCGGGACAGCUGGGAGCUGGAGCCGCUCACCAUCGAGCCGCUCAGCCCCGUGCCCAGCGACAUCGCGGUGAGCCGCUCCCAGCGGCCGCGGCCCGUCUCGGAGCUGGGCUCCACCGUCGGACUGCUGCCGUCCGAGCUCGACCUGUUCGGCGAGACCAAGGCCAAGGUGGCGCUCUCUGUACUGGAGCGGCUGCAGCACCGCGCCGACGGCAAAUAUGUGGUCGUUGGAGGUAUCACGCCGACGCCGCUAGGGGAAGGCAAGAGCACCACGACCAUCGGCCUGUCACAGGCUCUCGGCGCCGAACUGAGGCGUAACGUGUUCGCCUGCGUACGCCAGCCGUCCCAGGGACCGACCUUCGGCAUCAAAGGCGGCGCUGCCGGCGGCGGCUACUCGCAGGUGAUUCCGAUGGAGGAGUUCAACCUGCACCUGACGGGCGACAUCCACGCCAUCACGGCCGCCAACAACCUGCUGGCCGCCCAGCUAGAGGCCAGGAUGUUUCACGAGGCUACUCAGACCGACGCAGCCCUGUACGGCCGUCUAGUGCCGGCCAAAGACGGGAAGAGGACCUUCAGUCCGAUCCAGCUCACACGUCUGGCGAAGCUGGGGAUCGAGAAAACAGAUCCGGAUACGCUGACGGAGGAGGAGAUCCGUCGGUUUGUGCGACUGGAUAUCGAUCCGGAUACCAUUACCUGGCAGAGAGUGAUCGACACCAACGACCGUUUCCUGCGUAAGAUCACGGUCGGCCAGUCGCCCACGGAGAAGGGUCACACCCGCUCCUGCCAGUUCGACAUCACCGUGGCCAGCGAGGUGAUGGCGGUGCUGGCCCUCACUACCAGCCUGCGGGACAUGCGGGAGAGACUCGGACGCUGCGUGGUAGCCUCGGACCGCGCCGGCCAGCCGGUCACAGCUGAUGAUCUGGGCGUGUCGGGAGCCAUGACGGUGCUGAUGAGGGACGCGAUCCGUCCAACGCUGAUGCAGACGCUGCAGGGAACGCCGGUGUUCGUUCACGCCGGUCCGUUCGCUAACAUCGCUCACGGCAACUCGAGUGUUUUGGCCGACCGGAUCGCGCUCAAACUGGUCGGACAGAAGGGCUACGUGGUGACCGAGGCCGGCUUCGGAGCCGAUAUCGGCAUGGAGAAGUUCUUCAACAUCAAGUGCCGCGCCUCGGGCCUGACACCAGACGCCGCCGUGAUCGUGGCCACCGUGCGCGCCCUCAAAAUGCACGGAGGCGGCCCGGCCGUCACCGCGGGCACCCCGCUGGCACCCGAGUACACCCAGGAGAACACAUCAUUGGUGGAGAAGGGCUUCGCCAACCUGAACAAGCAGAUUCAGAACACGCUCAAGUUUGGAGUACCGGUGGUGGUAGCCAUCAAUCGAUUCAGCUCGGACACGGACGCGGAACUGGAGCUGACCCAGCGUCUGUGUCGCGCCGCCGGCGCCGCCGACGCCGUCAUCUGCUCGCACUUUGCGCAGGGCGGCGCCGGCGCCCGGCGGCUGGCGGAGGCUGUGGAGACCGCCUGUCAGCAGCCCAGCAGCUUCAGGUUCCUGUAUGACCUGACGCUGCCGAUCGUGGACAAAAUCCGUAUAAUCGCGCGCGAGAUAUACGGCGCUGACGACGUGGAGCUGUCUGAGGAGGCGGCCGCGCAGGUGGAGCGGUACACCAGACAGGGCUUCAGUGAGCUGCCCAUCUGUAUGGCCAAGACCCACCUGUCUCUGUCUCACGAUCCGGCCAAGAAGGGCGCGCCCACCGGCUUCACGCUACCCAUCAGGGACGUGCGCGCCAGCGUGGGCGCCGGCUUCCUGUACCCGCUGGUCGGAACGAUGAGCACCAUGCCGGGCCUGCCGACCCGGCCGUGCAUCUAUGACGUCGAUCUGAACCUGGAUACGGGCAACGUCGAGGGUCUGUUCUGAGCGUCCGCGGCGCCUAGAGGGGGGACGGACGGCAGAGGCGCGCCGGGCGGGACAGGGACGUGGCGGGCUCAGUUUGGGUGGGGGGGGGGGAGAGGGGAGCGAGAGAAACAGUGAGUUCUGCUCUGAGGGAAGGGGGCGCUGCCAGCGGCGCUAUCGUGCUGUCAGGUGGUACAGCGGCCUGGCCGAGUACUGUAAGUACUAGGGACAGUCACUAGAUGUCGCCCCUGUCCCCUGCGGAGGCGACUCAGUCCUCGGUGAUCCCCGGCCUUCAUAGGACGGUAGAUGGGUAUAUAGGGCCUUGGGUAGAUGACGCUAUGGUGAAGAGCGAGGGGGUGCUAGCGCUACAGUCAACUCAACGGGCUUCCGAGACCAGUUAUGUGAUUUUGACGAUCUUUUGAUAUUGUGGUGUGGAGGAAGGCGACGUCUUCGGAUAUCCUCAGCAUCUCGGAUUGUAGAAUUUACAUUGCUGGCAUUUGAGCUGAGGUUUGGUGCUACUUUACUCAUUUGGGGUGUAAUGCGGAAGCGACAGAUUGUGCUCAAGUGAACUGAAGCUGGAGGAGUUUGGUCUGAUAUUGCGGCAAUGUGAGGCCACGUAUUGAAUGCCCACAAGGUGGGAUGCUUACAGUGCAGUGCCUAUACCUAAAUAGUUUAUACUUUCAGUUCAGUCAUAUACUGGAUUGUCCUUUGGGGAAUAAAAUCAAAACAUAUACCCGCCGCCGAGAAUAACCCUAGUCGUACGGGCACAAUACCAACGUGAGGGUUUCACGUCAGUGCCAUUAUUAGCUCAUGGGGAACUAACACGUUUGUUCAAGUAACCGGGAACCACAUGUACAAAGAUAGCAUGCAAUGCCUUGUAGCUGUUAUUGGAUGUGCAAUACCCUGAUGUAAAGCGCAGGUUGGCUGCCCAUUAUAGGGUUGUUGCACUGUGCCGUAAGUGUCAUAGGUUAAGUGCCUAUCGAAUUUCGAAAUGAUAGCACCUGACGUUGUUUCCGAUGUCGUUGAUACUUCUCUUCCAAUACAUGGACAAAACUGG